AUGGAAUUCUUGGUGUUGAUAUGUGUCCUAGUGGCCUUGACUGCUGCCAACACAAAACAGUUUAAACCGCUGAGUGAUGAACAGAUUACCUACAUCAAUAGCUUGUCAGGAGCUAACUGGAAGGCUGGCAGGAACUUCUACCCGCACGAGCUGGAGAGAGCCAAGAGAUUAUUGGGUGUCAACCUCACAGAGGUAAUGGAAUUCAGCAGAAAACAUCUCACUUAUAAGAAUGUCCAGGUCAGGGACGAUCUGCCAGUCAACUUUGACCCCAGGACUAAAUGGACGCACUGCCCUAGUCUGAUUGAAAUCUGGGAUCAGUCUAACUGUGGUUCGUGUUGGGCUUUCGGAGCUGUUGAAGCUAUCACCGACAGGAUCUGUAUCAAAGGCGGUGGCCAGGUCCACAUCUCGACAGAAGACGUCAAUGAUUGUUGCACAUACUGUGGGGAUGGGUGCGAUGGUGGAAAUCCUGCGAGAGUCUAUCUGUGGUACAAGAGCCAAGGCAUCGUAACGGGCGGACAGUACGGAUCAAAUGAGGGGUGCAAGCCCUACUCUCUUCCUCAUUGUGAUCAUCACACAACCGGGAAAUACCCGUCAUGUAAAGGCGAUGCCCCAACACCAGCCUGCCAGUUGGCCUGCAGAAGUGGCUACAACAAAACCUACACUGAAGACAAGAGGAAAGCAAAAUCGUCCUACAGCAUCCAGAGCGAAGAGCAGAUCAUGCAGGAUCUAGUGGACAACGGUCCUGUGACUGCUGCAUUUCUUGUCUAUGAGGACUUCUUGUCUUACAAAUCCGGUGUUUACAAGCACACAGCCGGAGGGGUACUGGGUGGGCACGCAGUGAAAAUCCUGGGAUAUGGUGUGGAAAAUGGAGAGAAAUACUGGCUGGUGGCAAACUCGUGGAAUGAAGACUGGGGAGAUAAAGGGUUCUUCAAGAUAUUGAAAGGUAGCAAUGAAUGCCUUAUUGAAGAUUAUGUGGUCGCUGGGGAGCCACAGCUCUGA